AUGGGUAAUAAUCUAUCAUUGCGGAGCAUCUUGGAUGCUAAUAAACUCACUGCCCCAAACUUCCUCGAUUGGUUUCGAAACCUCAAGAUCGUCUUGAAACAAGAAAAGAAAUCUUAUGUCCUUGACACUCAUAUUCCACCAGUCCUUGUUACCAAUGCUAGUGUUGAGGAUAAAGAGGCAUAUCAACGUCAUAAGGAUGACGAUGAUCAAGCAGCAUGUGUGAUGCUAGCCAGUAUGACCCUUGAGCUCCGAAAGCAACAUGAACACAUGGAUGUCCAAUCCAUGAUUCUUCACCUUAUAGAACUGUUCAAUAAGGAGGGGCGCAUUAAGAGAUAUGAGAUCUCUAAAGAACUAUUCCGAUGCAAGAUGGCAAAAGGUAGUUCUGUUAGACCCCAUGUGCUGAAGAUUGUUGGACUCAUCAAGAGACUUGGACAAUUGGGAUUAGCAAUGGAUCAUGAGUUAAGUAUAGACUUAGUUCUACAAUCUCUUCGUGACAGCUUUAGUCAGUUCAUGUUGAACUUCCAUAUGAAUCGAUUGGAAGCCACUCUUCUCCAACUUUUGAAUAUGCUAGACACGACAGAGAGGUCUAUCAAGAAAGAUAGGGAUCAUUGCUUCUUGUUUCUUCUUCCAAGGCUCAUACAAAGCAACAGAAGAAGAAAGCCCAAAAGGGAAAAAAGGUAA